CCCCCCUCAGCAGCAGCAGCAGCAGCAGCAGCACUGACUGAGCUCUCUCAUCCCAUAACACUGCCAGCAGAGAGCGAACUUUUUGGACACUUUUAAAACUUUAGAUUUAACUUUUUUUUUUUCUAAUUUGAAUUAUGUUUUGGCCACUGUUGUCGUGCGUAAUCGUCGCCUUUGCGUCUGCGCCGGCUGGCGCACAGAUCUCCAGCCGGUAUGUCAUCGGAUGUCCUGCGAGGUGCGAUAAAGCGCAGUGCCCGCGGAUACCAGCGGACUGUCCGGCUGGUCAAACCCUCGACGCCUGCCACUGCUGCUCGGUGUGCGCGUCCGGGGAGGGAGAAGCCUGCGGCGGCACCGGGAAGCUCGGGGACCCCGUGUGCGGAGAGGGGCUGGAGUGCGCCAUCACCGCCGGGGUGGCAUACACUGCUACGGUGAGGAGGAGAAGCAAGAGUGGGGUGUGCGCGUGCAAAACCACUGAUCCGGUGUGUGGAAGUGACGGGGUGUCCUACAGGAAUAUCUGCGAGCUGAAGAGGGUCAGCCGCCGGGCCGAGAAGCUGCAGCAGCCACCUGUUCUCUUCAUUCAGCGGGGAGCCUGCGGGAAAGCCCAGGACAAUCCAGACAGCCCAAGACACAAAUACAACUUCAUCGCCGAUGUGGUGGAGAAAAUUGCCCCAUCUGUAGUUCACAUUGAACUUUACCGCAAGAUGACCUAUUCCAAGCGGGAGGUUGCAGUGGCCAGCGGUUCUGGCUUUGUUGUGUCAGAAGACGGCCAGAUUGUGACCAAUGCCCAUGUUGUGGCUAAUAAACACAGAGUAAAGGUGGAGCUGAAGAGCGGUGCCACCUAUGACGCAAAAAUCAAAGACGUGGAUGAGAAGUCGGACAUCGCCCUCAUCAAGAUCGAAGCACCGACCAAGCUGCCUGUGCUGCCGCUAGGCCGUUCCUCGAGCCUGAGACCGGGGGAGUUUGUCGUUGCCAUCGGCAGCCCAUUUUCCCUCCAGAAUACAGUCACCACCGGGAUUGUCAGCACCACGCAGCGUGGGGGGAAAGAGCUCGGCCUUCCAAACUCCGACAUGGACUACAUUCAGACCGACGCCAUCAUCAAUUACGGUAACUCUGGAGGGCCUCUGGUGAAUUUGGAUGGCGAGGUGAUUGGGAUCAACACGCUGAAAGUGACGGCUGGCAUCUCCUUUGCCAUACCUUCAGAUAAAAUUCGAGAGUUCCUGGCAGAGGCCUAUGACAGACAGUCCAGAGGAAGAGCAGCUGCUAAGAAGAAGUAUAUCGGUGUGAGGAUGAUGACUCUCACUCCAACACUGGCAAAGGAGCUGAAGACUCGGCACCGUGACUUCCCUGACGUCACCUCUGGAGCUUACGUUAUGGAGGUCAUUGCAAAGACACCGGCUGCAAUCGCUGGACUGAAAGAGCAUGAUGUCAUCAUCUCCAUCAACGGUCAGAGGAUCUCAUCGGCAACCGAUGUCAGUGCGGCCGUCAAGAAGGAUGGCAGCCUUAAAGUAGUCGUGCGCCGCGGAAAUGAGGACGCCAUCCUCACUGUUGUCCCAAUGGAGAUUGACCCUUGACCCUCCAACAGUUCACAUCACAGGAGCUGGAGCUAGGUUUUACUUAUCACCAGUGGACCUUAUAAUGGAGAUGGGCGUCACUGACACACCCUCUCCCUGUGGCUAAACGCCAGUGGCGCCACACAUCCAGGAAAAUUCUGGUUUUGCCUUGAAAGGAACGACUGCACAGUUGCUCUUAAAGCAGUGCUGUACCUUUUUUUUCCAUGUGUUUUCACUCUUUGUCUGAAUGCUUUCAUCAAUGCUACUACUGUUUGGCCACAAACAUAAGACUUUGGUUAUUGGCAUAUUGUUUUAUCUGCUUCUUCUUGUUUUGUGUCUUUUUUUUUUUUAACAUGGACUUUCAGUCAGGCCUUUGCUUAGUGAGGCCUUUUAAGGAGACUCGCUAAUUUGUAUAAUUGUUGUUUUCUAAACUCUUUUUAAAGUACUGUAGAAUGUUGAUAUAUUGUUGAUUUUAUUGCUGUAUCCCAGAACUAAAUAAAUGGUUGACCUUU